GAUGAACCAUGAUUUUGUUGAAAUUUACAAGGUUUCCUGGGAUUGGAAGGGGUGGGAUGAUAGGAUAAAGACCUCUGGUUUGUUUGUACUAUAAUCUUAAGAUAAGAGGCCACAAGUAUAAGAUUUAUAAAAGACAGACUAGACUUUAGUUUAGAUAGUAUUAGUUUUCUAAUAGGUUGAUUUGACUUGGUCAAUCAUUAUUGAAGCCUAGCACAUUAUAGGAGUUUAAGAUGAGAAUUGUUGGCUUAAACUUGCUAUUCCCAGGUGUCAGUGUGAAAGGACAGUCAUGAAGGACCAAAGGGUCCCUUGUUGUCCAUAGUUUAUGUUGUGUUAAAAAGUACCAAGAUUGUGAAGUAUGUGUACGUAUGUAUUUAUGAUGGACAGGACCUACUUUACCCAAGAUACUUAAAACCAUUUUGUCAAACUUCUAACUUAGAACAGUAUCAGCUUGAUAAUUGAUAAAAUUUUCAUUCAGAUCAUAAUAUUAGUUAUUGCAAAAACUAAAUGAUUAAUCAUAAUAUUAAAGAUUUAGAAAAAUAAUCUUUGUAGCCAUGCAACUAAUCUGAAAUUAAAAGGGUUGAUGUUUAUAUUUAGAUAAAAUUUGUUACAUGUGAAUGUUUUUUUCAUUGAGUUUUGUGAUAUUUACUUUUGCAACAAAAAAAAUUAGAUUCUGUUUUGUUUCUUUCAGAAUGUCUGGUGGACAAGAUGUUAUGGCUAGAGUAUAUAAUGGAGCAGAAUCUUGUACUGCAAGUUGUACUAAAGAAAAAAUUACCAGAUAUUCUGAGCUGUUACUUUCAAAUCAACAAGAAACAGCUUCUACCACACCACCAUGUCUUCAAGUCUUUACCCUUGACAAGAAUUUCCUGGUGUCUCAGUUGGAAAAUGGAGAACUUUGUGCAACAGAUGGAACAAUUUUGAAGCUGUAUGGUCCACUUCAAAUUCAUGAAGCAAUUGCUGUUGAGCAAGACCACUUGGAAAGUCAUAAUUCCAGUAAUAUUCAGCAGACCAGAAUUACUUUGGAGACAGGAAAGUCUGACCCAGUUCAAACAUUAUUGGCUUCUGUACAACAAGCUUUACUGCUUCGCCUGGAUCAACUAGAAGAAAAAGUUAACAACAUAGAUGCUUUGUGUCAGACCAUCUCAAGAAGAGUGGACAGGGCUGUUAUCUUCUUGAAAGAAUCGGGACCAUUAAAUAGGCUAGCCAUACCAAGUAAGAACUGAGCUGGUACUGUUAUUGUUGGCCUUCCUCCUAAACAGCCAGACACGUAUGCUUCAGAUGGAUCUACAAGCAGGAA